AUGAACAGAAUAUUUGGGUAUGGAAAUCGGAAGACACAUGAGCAGAUGAUGCAAGAUUCAUCAAAAGCUAUGGGUGAAGCCCAAAGUGGGCUCUCUGGACGGAUUUCUCAGCUAGAUACUCAAAUCUCACAGUUAAACUUCCAACUAUCUACCUUACAGAAAAAGAUAAGCAAUACCAAAUCCUCCAUGGGACAAAAACCGUUGAGACAGCGAGCCUUAAAACUCUUGAACAAAAGAAAACAAUUAGAAGCAAUGCGGGAUCAAUUGGACUCACAAUCUUGGUCUAUGUCUCAGGUUCAAAUGACCACUGAUAAUUUGAAAAACACCAUGGUGACUGUUAACGCUUUAAAGCAGACAAACCAGGCAUUAAAACAACAAUAUAGUAAGAUCAAUAUUGAUAAGAUUCAAGAUAUGCAGGAUGAAAUGAUGGAUUUAAUAGAACAAGGGGAUGAACUACAAGAUGUGCUCGCAAUGCAAAAUCAAGAUAUUGAUGACAUAAGUGAAAGCGAAUUAGAUGCAGAGUUAGAAGCUCUUGGAGAAGAAGAUUACUUGGAAGAAUUGAACUUGAAUGAUUCAGAAACUACGGGAGAAUUACCAUCAUAUUUGAAUAACGCUAUGCCGCAAUUUGUUGAUGAUGAACCUUUAGAAAACCCGCCUGCGUUAGAAACAGCUAAUUAA